UCGUCAUUUUUUGCAAUGAUCAAACUGUUGCCUGAUUCCAGAGAUGCAAGAUUUUACAAUGUGCAAGAUUUAGCUAAGCUAACUGAUAUGUCUGAAUCCGCGAAUGGCUCGCCCCAAGGAGACGAACCGAAGACCAAGGGAACGAGAUCAGGCAGACGGUCCGUCCUUGGUCACGUGAAGAUGUCCGGUCAGAGGUCAAACAUUCCAGAGAUGUUCAAAGUGAAAGUUUUGGUGCUCGGGCCCUGCGAGAGCGGGAAGACGGUCCUGUCCAACUUCCUGGCUGAUGCCACAGAGAUGAGUGGGGACUACAUGCCCACACAGGGCGUCAGGAUCUUGGAGUUUGAAAACAAUGGGCUGAAUGUUGGAGGAAGAACUGUCAAUGCUGAGGUGGAACUGUGGGAUUGCAGUGGAGAUCACAAGUUUGAGCAGUGCUGGCCAGCCAUUCAACAGGAGACCAACGGGGUUCUCUUGGUUUUUAACCCUGAUCAACCCAACCACGACAAGGAGCUGGAAACAUGGUACAGCCACUUUGUGUCACAACAGGGUAUGAAAGACUCCCAGUGUCUGGCCUUCGCACACCACAAACCCUCUACAUCUGACAAAGCACGGGGUCACCUAUCCUCACUUCUGAGCAAAGUGACAGUCGUCCACAGCAAUAUAGAUGAGGAUGGGGACUCUGUCAGACAAGAGUUCUCCAACUUUCUCACCAACAUCCUGUCCACCAUGUCUGACAACAGAGACAAGGAGGAGCUCAGCAUCAUCAGCUAAUCAUGUGGGCAUCACAUGCUUGACAUGUGAUUGUCACAUGCUUGAUAUGUGAUUGUCACAUGCUUGGCAUGUGAUUGUCGCAUGUUCUCUAUUAGAACACAGUCAGUAACUGUUGGUUAUGUGUGACUUUAUUUUAAAAGCAUGCUUUAAAGUUUAAGGGAUAUGUACAUACCUAAUAUUGUAAUAAUUAUAAAUGGUAAGAUAAGCACCGGAAACAAAGAAAAGAACACUAUGGAAACCAUUUUUGUAGAUUGUAAUCAUACUUUGGUUUAGGGCAGAAUCUUGUUUAAAAAGUAUCGUUAUGUUUCAAUUGAUAGAUGAUUAUGACCACACAAAAACUAUGCUUGAGUUUGAAGUUGUUCAGAUUCUUUAUGUGAUAUGUUAGACAUUUUGGUAUAGAGUCUGCGUGUAUUUUUUAGUAUCUUUGGCUUUAUGGAUGACAAUAAAAAGGCAAGGUACAAAGGAA